AUGCGACUGGUCAACGGCAGCAGCCACUGCGCUGGCAGAGUCGAGGUCCUUCUUGAUGGUCGUUGGGGAACGGUGUGCGAUGACUUCUGGGACCUGCGUGAUGCCAAUGUGGUGUGCAGACAGCUCAACUGCGGCAGAGCAGUGGCUGCUCCUCUCAACGCUCGCUUUGGAGAGGGAGCUGGACCCAUCUGGUUGGAUGAUGUCCAAUGUCAAGCUCACCUUGGGCCCAACACAACCACUAUCCCACGCCCAACUACACCCCCUGCUGAAUCAACCACUCAUAUAAUGCAGAAUCAGACUUCUGCUCCUGCAACGACUGCGAACGUCUCGCUGGCUGAAGGGCAGAUCCGCCUGAUCGGAGGGAGCAGUUCAUGCUCUGGAAGAGUGGAGAUCAAUUUUUCUGGACGGUGGGGGACAGUGUGCGACGACCUCUGGGACGUGACCGACGCUCAGGUGGUGUGCAGACAGUUGGGCUGUGGCAGGGUCCUGUCAGCUCCAGGUAGUGCCCGCUUUGGACAAGGCAGUGGGCCCAUUUGGCUGGACGACGUCCGUUGCAAUGGACAAGAGUCCAGUCUCAGCGAGUGCCGUCACCGAGGGAUCGGAUCUCACGACUGCAGCCACAGAGAGGAUGCUGGGGUGGUUUGUGAAGGUAAAUUCAUUGACAACGAUUCACUCAGACCUUCUCAGCUGGUUUGCAGCAGUAGCAAGAUCCAGGUUGGCCUCAAUGUGGUCAGCUUCCUCAACCUUGGUUUGGAUGCUCGAUCCGGCAAUCUUGCAAUGCGAAACUGCACAUACACAAGAGUGUCGAAUGGCGUCGUGUGGUAUGAGGUUGUGAACCAAGCUGGCGCCUGUGGAAACAAACUGACGACCAACAUCACGCAUGGCAUCUACUCCAACACCUUGUUCGUCUAUCCCGCCAACAACAACUCUUUUGCCAUUCCAAAGAGAAUUCCUUUCUCCUGUGUCUAUUCCCUGGAUACAGAUUCCACUUUGAAUGUGGCUGUGGGACCACUGCCGAUUGACGGAGGAGUGUCCGGCUCUGGACCCAACACUGUUGCCCAGAUGCGCUUGUACCGCGACUCAGGCUUCACUUCAACUUACCCCGGAGGUCGGGUAACCAUGGAGCUGGGCUCACCUCUCUACGUGGGCGUCACCGUGGAUAGAAGAGACCAGAGCUUUGCUGUGGUCCUGGACGACUGUUACGCCUCUCACUCACCCAGACCCAGCAGCUUCGGCCGUUACCCUCUCAUCAAUAACAAGUGCUCAGCUGACCGCCGGCAGGUUGCCGUCAUUGAGAAUGGCUCGUCCCUACGGGCUCGCUUCUCUGCACUGUUCUUCCUGCUGCAGGGUGAAUACAGAGACGUUUACCUUCACUGCAACCUCAGCCUCUGUGACCGCAGGAGAACCUCUUGUGUUCCAUCCUGCUCAAGAAGAAGAUCUCGAUCUGUGUCCGACUCUGCUCCAUUGAAGUCCCUCACUGUUGGUCCCAUCGUUUUCAACAAACCGUCCAAGUGAGUGGCAAGCGGGACGUUGACCUUGUCUCCUG